AUGAUUAAAAUACACCCUAGAAAUAAAAACACAAAUAAUGGGAUUUUUGGAAAUUUACUCUAUGCUGAUCUUGCUUUAAUUGAAUUACCAGAAUCAUCAAAAUUAAAUUUAUUUUCUUCUUCACAAAAUGCCCGUUCAAUUAAAUUAACAAACAGACUUCCAUUAAUUAAAACAAAAACUUUAAUUGCUGGUUGGGGAUGGAUUAAACCUUUUUGUGAAGUUAAUGCUAGUAUUGAAGGGAAAACAGAUCAAUUACAAUCUGGAUGGGUUGAAUUAAUGGAAAAUAAUUUAUAUUGUGUUAAUGAAAUGGAAGUUUCACUCCUUCAACAAUUUAAUAAAACAUUUGGUCAAAAUUUGAAUAUUCCUCUCUGUCUCACUUCUUGGAUUAAAAAAAUUACUGAAAAUAAUUGGAGUGACAAAUUAUGUGUACGUCCAAGUCCUUCAUCUAUUCAAUAUGGAGAUAGUGGAGGCCCUUUACUUGUUGAUUUUGGAGAUUCUUGGUAUCAAAUUGGUGUUGUUACACAAGGAAUGUGUAAUAAAGAUAAAAAAUUUAUUUCUAAUCAAGAUUAUGCUACAUUUACGCAAAUUGAUUGUGAAUGGAUACAAAUUGAAACUAAAGGGAAAGUUUUGUGUAGAUAA